AUGUCUUACCUCUCCGGUGGCUGCAGGCAGUGUCUGGAGGAAUUAAGAUCAAUGUGUAUGUCUUUACUGUCUGUUCUUCAGGGUCUGAGGCUGCUGGGGAUCCUGGAUGUCCAGAACACUCCUUGUGCCAGGGAGGCCAUCCUGCAUGGAGCUGGGGGCUCAGUAGCUGCUGGGCUGCUUUAUUUUCUGGCUACUAGUCGGGUGAAGAGGUCUUUUGAUGUGGGAUUUGCGGGUUUUAUGGUCACCACACUCGGGUCCUGGUUUUAUUGCAGGAUGAACAAUGCUAAGCUCCGUGUGCAGCAGAGGCUGAUACAGGAAGGCAUCAAAAACAAGGUCGUGUAUGAAGGAACUGUUAUGGACCCCACAAAAAAAGGCAAAGCAGAAGCACCUUCAGGCCCCUCGUGACCUCUAGCUCUUUUCCUCUCGGAGGACAAAAGAGA